AUGAAUUAAUUUCAUUUCUCUUCAAACUUGAAUGCACUAUUACCUAUGGAGAAUUAUUAAUUAAUACUUAAUGAACAAACAAGAUUAUCUAAAAAUAUUCAUAGCUAGAAUACUAUUUAGAUUAAGCAAUUUUACUCAGAAUAAACUACUAGAAGAAAAAGUUGUCAAUGUAGUUAAUGUGGUUAACAAAGUCAAUUUUAAUUCAAAACAAUGAAUAUACCAUUAAAGAAAAGAGAAAUUCCUAUAGAAUAGGAAUAUCCCUUACUUGAAUUAAUGGUGUACAAAGCUGAAUGUAAAGAAAGUAAAUAUUUUCUUAGCUAGGAUGAGUACAUUUUAUAAGAAAUCAUCAAUUAAGAAUUUAUAAACUUAAGAAUCUAAAGAUAACAUAAAUAACACUUAAUUAUCUUUAAAUAUUCAUGGGUUUAAACGGGCUUACAAUAGAAAAACUGCAUUAUUAAAAUUAAUUACAGAUUGUUAAGAUAGAUCAAAAAGAGGAGAAAAUAGUGAAUUAUUUUCUUAAUCUGAUCUAUAAUCUUUAAAUUCUUAGAAAUCUUUGAAUAUAACAACUACUCCUACUCAAUCGUACUUAUAGAAUCAUAAAAAUUCAAUCUAACCUUUAAGCCUAUUUUCACCUAAAAGAAAACAAAAUAAUACUCAUAAAAAAUUAUUUAGCAUUAAUAUAAGAAACUAAAAUCCAUAUAUAAUAAAUUCGAAUAAAUAAUUAUUAAUUAAGCCAUUAAAAUUAUAAACCUCACGUUCAACUCUUCUUGGAUGUUCGUUCCCAAAACUUAUUAAGAAAAACUCAUGA